AUGACUGACAGAAAGCGAAUACAGGGACCGGAAGUUAGUGUUGCACCAAUAAUAAUAAAAUCUGCGACUAAAAAAAAAUGCCUACUAGAUGGAAAUUCGCGCCGACACGAUGGAAGAAGUAUUGAAGACAUUCGCCCUAUUUUCCUGAAAACUGGUCUUAUAAGUCAAGCUAACGGUUCGGCGUUCAUUGAACUAUGUCAGACAAAAAUUGCCUGUGGCGUAUAUGGCCCGCGCCAAACAAAAAUUCCAUCUUUCAACGGGAAAGGAAAUUUGAAUUGCGAGAUAAAGUUUGCACCUUUUUCUUGCCCAAAACGCAGACAACCAUAUCGUGAUGCGCAGGAAAAAGAGCUUUCACAAUUAAUAUACGAAGCUUUAGCACCUUCAAUACGACUUGAUCUAUUGCCUAAAUCAACAAUUGACAUCUACAUAACAAUUUUGGAAAAUGAUGGAACUGCGUCAUGUUUAGCCGCUGCUGUUACAUGUGCAUCGGUGGCAGUAGCAGAUGCCGGGAUCGAAAUGUUAGAUUUAGUCCCAGCCUGUUCGGUGUCAUAUAUUGACGGAAGGAUUUAUAUGGAUAGCGAUUUAAUAGAAGAGCAACAUGAAUCUGGUUCAUUAGUCUUAUCAUAUAUGCCUUCAUUAAAAGAGAUAACGCAUAUAUUGCAGUCUGGAGAAGUGGACUUGGCCUUGGCUACUCAG